UGUGCUUUCUUUUCAUAGGGUUGGACUCAUCACUGAGACAUAUUGAACAGAAAACAAAGAAAGAUAUGCGUCUGUGUUUCUGUAAAAAACCAAGAUAAACCUGGAAAGCAUAAUGAGACCCCUUACAAAUAUCUGUGUCUUUGCUUGUGUCUUUACAUUCACACUAUGGAAUAAUAUCCAGCCAACUGUGGAAAAUGUAUUUAUUGCAAAUUAUUCAAGUAGUUUGCUAACUAAUGUUCCAAAAAACAUUCCAGUCCAUACUCAUGUAUUAGAUUUAUCACAUAAUAGGAUCUCUGGACUUAGUAUCUCAGAAUUUAUUUCUCUUUCUGACCUUCAAGUAUUAAAUCUUUCUCAUAAUCUAAUUACAGAGCUUGACUUUAGUGUCUUCAUUUUUAAUGAAGAUUUAGAAUACUUAGAUUUAUCUCAUAAUAACAUUUUGAAAGUUUACUGUCAAACUCUUGCAUAUCUUAGACAUUUAGAUCUUUCUUUCAAUAGGUUUACUGCCCUGCCCAUCUGUCAGGAAUUCGGGAACAUGUUUCAUUUGGAGUACCUAGGAUUAAGUGCCACGAUGAUACGAAGGUCAGACUUCAGGUAUAUCAUACAUUUGCAGCUGCACACUGUCUUCCUAACCUUGGAAGACUUUUCUCUGUAUGAGCCUCAGAGUCUGACAGCCUUGAAUACAAGGAACCUCCACAUUGUUUUUGCAGCAAACCAAAACUUCAGUUUUUCCCUCUUGUAUGAUGGAAUGAGCACUUCAGAAAACUUAAAAAUAGUUAACUUAAGAUAUACCUUGAGCUACAAAGAUUUCCCCUCUCCUUCUUUAACGCUUCUGAAGAAAAUCAAGACAACAGCUCUGAUGCUUGAAACUGUGGACUUACAAUGGGCUAUCAUUUUGCAAAUUUUCCUGCUUAUUUGGUAUUCACCUGUGGAGCAUUUGACUGUGAGAAAUUUGACUUUUCGGGGACCACUGGGGGACCUGACUGAAUAUGAAUUCCUACCCUUAUUAAGCUCUCUGGAACAAUUAAUCUCUUUGGGUGGCUCCAUGGAAGCGCUAACUUUGGAGCACGUUCGUAAUAAGGUUUAUUAUUUCAACCAGGAGAUUCUAUACAGACAGUUUUCAGAGAUGAAUAUUGCCAGUUUGACAAUAUAUGAUGCAUAUAUGCCACACAUGCUUUGCCCCAAUAGAACAAGCUCAUUUCAGUAUCUAAAUUUUUCCCACAAUGCCCUGACGGAUGAAUUGUUCCAGAAUUGUGGAACUCUGACAGAUCUGAAAUUACUUAUUUUGCAGAGGAAUAAAUUUGAGAGCCUUCCUAAGGUAAGCUUCAUGACCAGCCUUAUGACAUCACUGAAAUAUCUGGACAUGAGCAACAACUUGCUGAGUCACGAUGGAGCUGAUGGGCAAUGCCAAUGGGCUGAGUCUCUGACAGAGCUGGACCUGUCCUCAAAUCAGUUGACGGAUGCCGUGUUUGAGUGCUUGCCAGUCAACAUCAAAAAACUCGCUCUACAAAACAAUCAGAUCACCAGUGUCCCCAAGGGGAUGGCUGAGCUGAAAUGCUUGAAAGAGCUGAACCUGGCAUCGAACAGGCUGGCUGACCUGCCAGGGUGCAGUGGCUUUACAUCCCUGGAGUUCCUGAACGUAGAGGUGAAUUUGAUCCUCACCCCAUCUGCCGACUUCUUCCGGAGCUGCCCAAGGGUCAGGGAGCUACAAGCCGGGCAGAACCCAUUCCAGUGUUCCUGUGAACUGCAAGACUUCAUCCGUCUGGAGACGCAGUCUGGGGGGAAGCUGUUCGGCUGGCCGGCGGCAUACGUGUGCGAGUACCCGGAAGACUUGCGAGGAACGCAGCUGAAGGACUUCCACCUGACUGAGCUGGCUUGCAACACGAUGCUCUUGCUUGUGACAGCUCUGCUGCUGACGCUGGUGCUGGUGGCUGUUGUGGCCUUUCUGUGCAUCUACCUGGAUGUGCCGUGGUACGUGCGGAUGACGUGGCAGUGGACGCAGACGAAGCGGAGAGCUUGGCACAACCACCCCGAAGAGCAGGAGACCAUUCUGCAGUUUCACGCGUUCAUUUCCUACAGCGAGCGCGAUUCGUUGUGGGUGAAGAACGAGCUGAUCCCGAACCUGGAGAAGGGGGAGGGCUGUGUACAACUGUGCCAGCACGAGAGAAACUUCAUCCCCGGCAAGAGCAUUGUGGAGAACAUCAUUAACUGCAUUGAGAAGAGCUACAAGUCGAUCUUUGUGUUGUCUCCCAACUUUGUGCAGAGCGAGUGGUGUCACUAUGAGCUGUACUUUGCCCAUCACAAAUUAUUCAGUGAGAAUUCCAACAGCUUAAUCCUCAUUUUACUGGAGCCGAUCCCUCCAUAUGUUAUCCCUGCCAGGUAUCACAAGCUGAAGGCUCUCAUGGCAAAGCGAACCUACCUGGAGUGGCCGAAGGAGAGGAGCAAGCGUGCCCUUUUCUGGGCUAACCUGAGGGCAGCUAUUAGCAUUAACCUGCCAGUAUCCUUUGAAGCAAAUGAGGAGCAGAGUGAUGUUACUUCUACUAGUAGUAUAAGUCAGUAUGUGAAUAAUUGACUUGAUUGACU